UGUUGACGUUUUGAGUGUUUUAAGAGCGAUGCGUUCAUGUUAUUAUGCAGUAAAGAGCUGUUUAGUUUAUAACUGCUGUAACGUUUAUGGAGCAAUUAAGCGUUGAUAAGCAAGCUGUAAUAACUGAAAGGUUAUUAGCUUGGGAAAGUGAAACUAAUCCUCUUGCACCUCUCACUGAAGUACAACUGAAAAAUAUUGCUCUUCUUUCAGAAAUUUCCUGUGAAAGACCUUUUCCAACUAAUCUACCAGUAGAUAAUGAUGUUAUAUUGCUGCAGAAAGAUGAAACUGAAGAUGAAGGUCAAAGAAUAGAUUUGUUAAAUUUUUCAAAAGAUUCCACAAUAAAAUAUAAUCAGAUUGAAAAUACGCAGCAGUUCCUUUCUUGGUUUACUACUGUGGAAGAACAGCUAGUCGAAGAUGAAAAUAUAUUGUACAAGGCAUACAUAGGUGAACUGUCAUCACAUUGUAACCAAUAUUCUCUGCUUUUUGAUGAUCUGUGUGGUGCUUUGGACUCACUGGAAGUUCUAAGAGAGAAAUAUGCAUUUGUAUCGAAUAAAACAAAUUCUUUACAUGAGGCUUGCGAGCAUCUUUUAACUCAGCAGGCUAAACUUGUGAAUUCAGCUGAAACAAUAUCUGAAAAAUUAAGCUAUUUCAAUGAAUUAGAAGUGUUAUCCCAGAAAAUUUCAUCUCCAACAUUAUCUGUAGUUAGUGAGUCUUUUUUACCCCUGCUGUCACGUUUGGAUGAAUGUAUAGCUUAUGUUGAAGCCAAUAUAAAUUAUAAAGAAUCACCAGUUUACCUGGCGAGAUUUCGACACCUUCAGAGUCAAGCACUGGGCAUGAUUCGAUCAUAUGUUGUAGCUACUUUGCAGCAAGCUACGCAGCAGGUACUGCCAAGGAGGGAUAAUUUGUCACCAUCUGAAAAUGCAUUUACUUUAUAUUAUGGAAAAUUUCGUUCUCAUGCACCUAGAAUACAUGCCUUGAUGAAACAAAUUGAAGAAAGGAUUGAUAAAAUUCCUGAUUAUGAGCUGCUUCUUUCGGAUUGCCACCAGUGCUACUUCAAUCAGCGUGAGAUAUUAUUAGGCCCUAGUGUUUCAGCAACUAUUACUGAACUGGCUGAAAAGCACCAGAAAGAUCAUUGCUCUCUUGUACGAAGUGGUUGUGCAUUUCUCCUUCAUGUUUGUGAGGAUGAAAAUCAGCUUUUCCAACAAUUUUUUUCUCAAAAUACAAAAUAUUUAUCAGAAUUUCUUGAAGGUUUAUGUAUUCGCCUUUAUGAUGUAUUGAGACCAAUAAUUAUCCAUAUAAACCAUUUAGAAACUCUGGCUGAACUUUGUGGAAUCCUCAAAGUUGAAAUGUUGGAAGAGCAUAUGCAAUAUGGAGGUAAUAUUCAUAUUUCAUAAGAAUAUUAAAUAAAAUAUUUCAAUCUCAUUUUUAC